ACAGGAGAUAUUUCUUAUGUACCAGGGCUUUGCCAGCAAUAAAGAUUGGAACUUCGAAGUGUUCAGUUACACUCCAGCUGAUUAUGGUAGAUUAAAGCUGAAGUCAAGUGUGGAGGAUAUGAAUAUAUAAGGUACCUUUAAGAACCAAUACGGACUGUACAUUGGUUUUCAUGCAGUAGUGAGGGCACGCAAGGGUUAACGUCGGAGCGCUGGUAGCCAAUCAAAGUGUUUACCUUUCUGUUUUAGCGCACGUUUUCCAGUGUGGUGAAGAGGGCGAGAGUAGAAGCCAAUUUAGUCUCACCGUAAUCGUUUUAAAGUAGUGAAAAGUUUAGUUCAGUCGCUGCACCCGUUAUUGGAGCUGAGCUGAGCGGUUCUUAGGGCUUGUUUCGUCACUUUGGGAUAAGGUAUAAGCAAGGAGAACUGACUCGGAGCGGAGAUUCAGGCUGAUGUGUGUGUAAUGGCAGACGUGUUUCACCUCGCUAAAACUGGGACAGUUUCGAGGCUUCGUCUGUGUUGUGUGUAAAACGUGGACUUAGGGUAAUACUACGAUUUCUGGAACGAAGUAAGAACGUGUUUAUUUGACUUUCCAAAGCCGUUUUGGGUUUAAGUGGAUAUUAUUAAACUGCAACCAGACUGCUGUGUGAAGUGCGGGACAGAGAACCAGUGCUUGUGACUUUUUAAUUGAAUUGGAUACUCGCGUGGGGACAGAAAGUGACUGAGACAUUGCUGGUGAAUUGACUGUUGUUAACUUCUUGCGUGAAGGACGAUUUUUGUACACACGUGUGUUCGAACUGCAUGCUAGAAUCGGGGGCCGCUGUUUGCUGUGUUGAACUGCCCUUUCCCUGCCAUUCGGACAUCCUCCCAGCUACUCCAGUCAACAAAUGAAGGGGGGUCUUCACCAUGCAUCAGUAAAGAUUUCAGGGGAGAGCGUGUAUAGCUUGUUGAAGUUUGAAGGUGGAACCCAUAAAGUCCAAAGGAUCCCUGAGGUUGGACUUUCAUCUCGCAUGCAACGUAUUCAUACAGGAACCAUGACUGUUAUAAUCCUGCCCCAGCCAAGUAAUGUGGACAUAAACAUAGAUCCUAAAGACUUACGAAUAGACACAUUUAGAUCAAAAGGAGCUGGUGGCCAAAGUGUUAACACUACAGACAGCGCUGUCCGAAUAGUUCAUAUUCCAACAGGUACUGUAGCAGAAUGCCAGGAGUCACGUUCUCAGCUACAGAACCGUGACACUGCAAUGCGUGUUCUCAGAGCCCGGAUGUAUCAAAACUCUUUGAGUCAGCAAAUGGAGAAGAGAGACACUGCACGAAAACAACAGGUGGGCACUCGUUCCCAGUCAGAGAGGAUUCGAACCUAUAACUUUAGUCAGGACAGGUUCCUGCUCCUGGUCAGGGCUGACGAGGCCGUUCCACGCCUCCUCCGACACGUGCACAGCCAAUCGACCGUCUUAUCACCCACACUUGACGAGUGCAGCUCAGCAGAGCACCGUGCACGGAGGAUCACACACUCCACCGCACCCCCUCCCGUCUCCAUGCAGGCGCCACCGACCAGCCAGCAGAGGGCGCAACCGCCCCAGUCCUGAGAGAGUAUCCCGUCCGGUCUCAACAUUCAUUUUUCAUGUUUUAAUGUAUUUGAUUUGUUAUCAUGAUUUGCUAUCAAUGCUUUGAUGUCUUGUUCAGAUUGUAAUCACGCUUUGCAGGUGGGAAAUAAAUGAUUAAAUAUUUUGAA